AUGAUCCAAAAAACAAGAAAGAAGAACCAAGAAUCAAGAAUCAAGAACCAAGAAUCAAGAAUCAAGAAUCAAGAAUCAAGAAUCAAGAAUCAAGAAUCAAGAAUCAAGAAUCAAGAAUCAAGAAUCAAGAAUCAAGAAUCAAGAAUCAAGAAUCAAGAAUCAAGAAUCAAGAAUCAAGAAUCAAGAAUAAAGAAUCAAGAUUCAAGAAUUAAGAAUCAAGAACCAAGAAUCAAAAAUCAAGAAUCCAAGAAUCCAAGAAUCAAAAAUUAUGUCUAUGCUUUCGAGUGUGAAAAUGAAGGCUAUUUUGCUGACCCAAAUGAUUGCACUCUUUUUUAUCGCUGUGUCGGAUCAAAUUCAGGAUAUACAAAAUAUAGUUUUGAGUGUGGUAACCAAACAGUUUUUGAUGAAGAUUUGAUUGCGUGCGUUCAUUUAAGUGAUUCAAAACGACCCGAGUGUCGCAAUAUGUAUAACGAUGUUCACAAUGAUAAUUUAAUGAUGUCAGAUUUAGAUGAAACGCAGCCAGCAAAAGAUGAGCCUGAAAUGACUACAAAAAAACAGUCACAAACUACAAAAAGUCAAACAACAUCUACAUCGACACCAAAAAAGGAAUCUUCAUCGACAACAUCAGCACCAGAAGACUUUUCAAAUGAAUGUACAGAAGCGGGAUACAUGCGAGAUCAAAAAGAUUGUACAAAAUUCUAUAGAUGUGUAGACGAGGGAGUUGAUGGAGAAUUUACAAGGUAUGAAUUCCAGUGUGGACCUGGAACAGCAUGGGAUAGUGAUAAAGAAACAUGUAAUCAUCGUGAUCAAGUAAACUGUGAUAAUCAAUUAGACCAAACAAUUACAUACACAGAAACACAAAAUUCCUCCAUGGCAUCAUCAAAUCAGGCUGCAAAUAGCGCUAGUACAAGUUCAACGACAACACAGAAUGGAAACACGGUGACGCAAAACAAUUCUACAUCUUCAAUGAAUAGUAUGAGUAGCAUGAAUAGCAAUAGCAAUACAUAUUCAAAUACGACUACGAUUUCGGGUAAUGGUAAUCAAUCAGGUAGCAGUCAGUCAUCUCAGUCAAGUAACAGUCAAUCAUCCAGCAGCAGUAGUUCUUCAUCAUCAUCUUCUACAUCAAGCAGUAGCACACAAUCUUCAAAUAAUAAUCAAUCGGGUGGUUCAUCUGGAAAUAACCAGCAAUCUAGUGGCUCACAGUCUUCGAACAAUAAUCAAGGAUCCUCAAAUAAUAACCAACAAUCUAGUGGUUCUCAGUCUUGGAACAAUAAUAAUAAUAAUAAUAACAAUAAUCAGCAGUCUUCGGGCAAUAAUCAAGGAUCCUCAAACAAUAAUAAUAAUCAGCAAUCUAGCAAUAACAACCAACAAUCCAGUGGUUCUCAGUCUUCGAAUAACAAUAACAAUAAUUAUAAUCAGCAGUCUUCGAACAAUAAUCAAGGAUCCUCAAACAAUAAUAAUAACCAGCAAUCUAACAAUAACAACCAACAAUCCAGUGGUUCUCAGUCUUCAAAUAAUAACCAGGGAUCGAGUAGUAACAACCAACAAUCCAGUGGUUCUCAAUCUUCGAACAGUAAUAAUAACAAUAAUAAUAAUCAGCAGUCUUCGAGCAAUAAUCAAGGAUCUUCAAAUAAUAGCCAACAAUCCAGUGGUUCUCAAUCUUCAAAUAAUAAUAACAAUCAACAAUCUAGUGGUUCCCAGUCUUCGAAUAAUAAUAAUCAACAGUCUUCGAACAAUAACCAGGGGUCCUCAAAUAAUAACCAGCAAUCUAGCGGCUCUUCCAAUAAUAAUAAUCAACAAUCCUCGAAUAAUAACCAAGGAUCUUCAAAUAAUAAUCAAGGAUCUAGUAGUAAUAAUCAACAAUCUACUGGUUCUCAGUCGUCGAACAAUAACCAGGGGUCCUCAAAUAACCAGCAAUCUAGCUCUUCCAAUAAUAGUAAUCAACAAUCCUCGAAUAAUAACCAAGGAUCUUCAAAUAAUAAUCAAGGAUCUUCAAAUAAUAACCAAGGAUCUUCAAAUAAUAAUCAAGGUUCUAACAGUUCUCAGUCUUCAAAUAAUAACAAUAAUAAUCAGCAGUCAUCGAACAAUAAUCAAGGAUCCUCAAACAAUAACCAGCAAUCUAGCGGCUCAUCCAAUAAUAAUAAUCAGCAAUCCUCGAAUAAUAACCAAGGAUCUUCAAAUAAUAACCAAGGUUCUAACAGUUCUCAGUCUUCAAAUAAUAACAACAAUAAUCAGCAGUCUUCGAACAAUAAUCAAGGAUCCUCAAACAAUAACCAGCAAUCUAGCGGCUCAUCCAAUAAUAAUAAUCAGCAAUCCUCGAAUAAUAACCAAGGAUCUUCAAAUAAUAACCAAGGUUCUAACAGUUCUCAGUCUUCAAAUAAUAACAACAAUAAUCAGCAGUCUUCGAACAAUAAUCAAGGAUCAUCAAAUAACAACAAUAAUCAACAAUCCAGUGGUUCACAAUCUUCCAAUAAUAAUCAACAAAAUAGUGGUAACAACCAAGAAUCCAAUAAUUCGCAAUCUUCAAAUAAUAAUAAUAAUAAUAACAAUAAUCAGCAAUCAUCAAAUAACCAAGGAUCUUCAAACAAUAAUCAACAAACCAGUGGUAACAACCAAGAAUCCAGUAAUAAUCAGCAAUCAAGUGGUUCAAACAAUAAUCAAGGGUCAUCGAAUAAUAAUCAAUCUACGGGAUCGGAAUCUUCUCAAUCUGGAAACUCACAAGGAUCAUCAAAUUCAAAUAAUCAACAACAAUCUGGAAAUGAAAACAAUCAAUCCUCUGGUGACAAUAGUAACAAUGGUAGUAAUAAUAAUAAUCAAGGAACAGAUACUCAAACCACAUCUAUGACAAGUUCAAACUCGUCAAUGUCUAGUCAAUCUUCCAUGUCAUCAUCUAGUCAAACAACCGUAACAAAUAAUACAAAUACUAACGAAAAUGAAAACCAAAAUCAACCAGAAACGACUACAGUAGCAGAAAUUAAUGAAAUUGAAGGUGAACAGUAUGAAACGACCAUGCCACCAGAACCACAGCCUGAAAGUUCGACCACAGAAGCACCAUCAACAACAAGCUCGUCCGAAAGCACUACUCAAUCUAUGUCGAGUUCUGAAAGCAUCACUCAAAGCUCAACGACAAUUUCUUCUGAUAGCACCACUCAAAAGUCAACAACAAGAUCAGCCACUACGUCAAAAUCUACAACAAGCUCCGGUAAAAAGCCUCAAAAAUGUACUGAAGAAGGUUUUUUGGGUGACAAAGACGAUUGCAUGAAGUUCUAUAGAUGUGUUAGUAAUGGAAAUGGAAGCUAUAGAAAAUAUCAAUUUAGAUGUGCCGAUGGAACGAUUUGGGAUCAUAAUAAUUGUAUUUGUAACCAUCCUCGUGAUACAUUUGACACAACAUGUCAGGGAUCAAGUGACACAAGGACAUGUCCAAGACCAACAAGCGAGAAUUCAUCUAAUUCUAAUGAACAGUCUGGAAAUAAUAAUCAGCAAUCUGGAAGUAACCAAACUUCUGGUAGUGGCCAGCAAACAGGAUCAAAUAAUCAACCAUCUUCAGGUAAUCAACAACAAACUAGUAAUAAUAAUCAAUCAACUGGAAACAAUAAUCAAGGAACCACUACUCAGCAACCAGGAAAUAGUAAUCAAGAAUCAUCAAACAAUAGCACAGAAACUUCAACAGUCCCUCCUUGUGGAACUACAACAACUGAUUCAUCAGUUCCUGCUGGACAAAAUGGCAGAUGUGAGAGGUCUGGAUUUAUGGGACAUGAAAAAGAUUGCAAGAAAUUUUACCAAUGUGAAGAGAAUGGCAGUGGAUAUACCCGAUAUGAAUUUACUUGUGCUGAAGGAACGCUUUGGGAUGAUGAUAAAUUAAUUUGUAACCAUUCAAGAGAUAUUAAGAAUCCACGUUGUGGUAUGCCAGAACAAACAAAUGGAAAUGUAGCACAUCAAACUACUAAAAAUCCAAAUGCCAGUUCAUCAACUAAAGAAAUGACCACAAAAGCACCAGAAACAACUAAAAAUUCCGAUUCAAACACUUCUGGAACAACAAAAAGUCCAGAGAGCACUUCAUCAGCAACAACAAGAGCUCCAGAUUCAUCUACAGAAGCUCCAGAGGAGCCAACAGAUGUUGAAGGCGAACAAGCAGUCACAACAACUGAAAGACCACAAAGCACAGGAAACUGUGAAGCCGAGGGUUUCUUUGGUGAUCCUGAAGAUUGUAGGAAAUUUUACAGAUGUGUUAGCAAUGGUGAAGGAUAUUCAAAAUACGAUUUUAUGUGUGCAGAAGGUAGUGAAUGGGAUGAAGACUUACUUACAUGUAAUCAUCCAGAUGAUAUUCAAAAUCAAUCUUGCAAGAAAGGUGGAAGUGAAGAGACAACAACAUCUAAUCCUCAAGGAACUACAAGAACAAUGGCACAAAGUUCAUCUACUCAAGGACAGCCCACACAAGGAUCUACAACUCAGGGUCAGUCCCCACAAGGGUCUUCAACUCAAUCUCCAACAACUCAAGGUUCAACCACACAAGUUCAAUCUUCUCAAAGUACAGGAACUUCACAAUCUCCAGCUACUCAAGGUUCGACCACACAACCUCCAUCUACUCAAAGUUCAGGAACUACCCAAGUUCAAUCAAGUCGACAGAAAUGUGAAAGUAAUGGAUUCUAUCCUGAUGAAAACGAUUGUAGAAAAUUCUAUAGAUGUGCCGAAGAUGGAAAUGGAGGAUAUAAUAGACAUGAAUUUAUGUGUGCAGAUGGAACUGCAUGGAAUGAAGAUAUUACUGCAUGUGAUCAUAUUCAUAAUGUACCUAGAUGUAGCUCUCAGUCAACUCAAUCUCAGCAAACGACAUCAGGUCAACAGCAAACAACUUCGGGAAGUACACAACAAUCUACAACUCUCCAACAGCAAUCCACAGCUUCAAGCUCACCACAACAAACAACAGUUUCAACCUCUAGUUCAUCAUCUCAGACAACAGUUUCACCUUCUAGUUCUUCAUCACAACAGACAACAGCUUCAACCACAAAUCAGCAGCAAACCACUUCGCAACAAACUUCUGGAACGCCAUCUGCACCGGGUGAACAAAAUAACUGUGAUAGCGAAGGAUACUUUGCAAAUGAGAAUGACUGCCAUAAGUUUUAUAGAUGUGUUGAUAAUGGCAAUGGAGGAUAUACUCGUUAUAAUUACGAAUGUGGUGAAGGAACUGCAUGGAAUGAAGAUAUCAGUGCUUGUGAUCAUGCUUACAAUGUUCCAGGAUGUGGAUCACAAAUGCAAUCAUCUACUAUGCCCAGUCAUUCACAAGUUACAGAAGGAAGUGCAAAUGCUCAAACUACUGGUUCUCAAACAACAAGUCAAUUUCAAGGAACCACUUCUAGUUCAACAAAUGUGCAAAAUACUGAAUCAUCUUCACAAAAACCAUCUUCGACCAUAUCGGCAGCUAAUGGUCAAAAUAAAUGCAAUAGCGAAGGAUAUUUUGCUAAUGAAAACGAUUGUCACAAUUUCUAUAGGUGUGUAGAUGAUGGCAAUGGAGGUUAUACUCGUUAUGAUUAUACUUGUGGACAAGGAACCGCUUGGAAUGAAAACAUCUCUGCUUGUGAUCAUGAAUAUAAUGUUGAAAACUGUGGAAAACAGUCUGGAAGUACCUCAACGACUGCUAAACCAACUCAACAAACCACAGCUAAGCCAACACAACAAACCACAGCUAAUCCAACUCAACAAUCUACAGCUAAGCCAACUCAACAAACCACAGCUAAUCCAACUCAACAAACCACAGCUAAGCCAACACAACAAACCACAGCUAAUCCAACUCAACAAUCUACAGCUAAGCCAACUCAACAAACCACAGCUAAACCAACUCAGCAACCUUCAACAACCAGUAGGCCAUCUAGCGGAAAAUGUGAAAACGAAGGUCAGUUCCUUCCUCAUGAAUCAGACUGCCACAAAUUCAUUACUUGUGUAAGCGAUGGAAAUGGAGGAUAUAAAGAAGUUGAAAGAGAAUGUUCAACUGGUACUGCAUGGAAUCAAGAUUUACUUACUUGUGAUCAUGAAGCAAAUGUAGAAGGAUGCUCAUCACAAAGUACGGAAUCUCCAAAAGAAGAAGAAACAACAACUUCAGAGAUUCAAACAACUGGAAGAGAACAACAAACAAGACCUUCAAGUUAUCAAACAACAACAGAUAGUACAGGAUCUCAAACAACAACAGAUAGUCCAGAAUCUCAAACGACUACAGAUAGUGCAGUAUCUCAAAUGACAACAGAUAGUGCAGGACCUCAAACAACAACAGAUAGUUCAGAAUCUCAAACAACAACAGAUAGUUCAGAAUCUCAAACAACAACAGAUAGAUCAGGAUCUCAAACGACUAGUCCAGGUUUUUCAUCUUCAACCGAUUUAAUUCAAGCCACUGAAGAUUCUCAGACAACUGAAAGUUCUCAAUCUACAACGGAAAGCUCUCAAACAACAACUGAUGCCUUACAAACGACCGAUAAUUCACAAACAACUACUGAGUUUUUAAAGGAAGAAACAACUCCUCAAGGAACAACAGACAGUACUCCACAAGGCUCUCAGACAACUGACAAUUCAUGCUCAGAAGGACCAAUGAGCACUAGAGAAUGUACAUCCGAUGGAGAGUUCUUACUUCAUGAAACAGAUUGUCAUAAAUUCAUAACUUGUGUGGAUGAUGGAAAUGGUGGUUUCACCAAGGUUGUAAGAGAUUGUGGAGCUGGAACUGCUUGGAGUCAAGAUUUACUCACUUGCGAUCAUGAAGCAAAUGUCGAUUGUUCACAAAAUUCUCAAUGCUUGCAAACAACAACUGAAAGUUCACAAACUACAACCGAUAAUGUUCAAACUACCACAGAAAAUCAAGGAACUUCAACAGACUCUAUACAAACUACAAUUGAGAGUCAACAAACCACAACUGAAGGAUCUCAAUCUACUACAGAGUUACCAAAAGAAGAGUCUACAUCUGAAAAUUCACAAGAGACCAUUACAAGUCCACAAGAAACAACCGCUGGUCCUCAAGAAACGACAAUCAGCCCACAAGAAACCACAACAAGCUCCCAGGAGACCACUGUUAGUCCACAAGAAACAACAGAUGCCUAUCAAACAACAGAUAGUUCUCAAACAACAACAGAUUCACCUAAAGAAGAAUCAACGACACAAGAAACGAAUUCAACUACCCAAGGAUCGAUCGAUACUACUACACAAGGUUCACAGACAACUGAUAACUCAUGCUCUGAAGGAUCAAUGAGUACUAGGGAAUGUACUUCCGAUGGAGAAUUCCUACCCCAUGAAACAGAUUGUCAUAAAUUCAUAACUUGUGUGGAUGAUGGAAAUAGUGGUUUCACCAAAGUUGUAAGAGAUUGUGGAGCAGGAACUGCUUGGAGUCAGAAUUUGCUUACAUGCGAUCACGAGGCAAAUGUUGAUUGCUCGCAAAACUCUCAAGGCCUUCAAACAACUACAAAUGGAAACGAAGAAACACAAACCACGACUGAAAAGCUGGAAGAAACUACAAAUUCUGUACAAACGACCACUGAAAGUCAACAAACCACAACAGAAAGUUCUCAAACAACUAAUAAUUCUCAAACUACAACGGAGUUACCAAAAGAAGAACCAACGACAGAAACUUCUCAGACAACUACUGAAAAUUCAUUAGAGACGACAGGAAGUUCACAAGAAACUACAGAUACCUCUCAAACAACUGAUAAUUCACAGACUUCCACUGAGUCAUCUAAAGAAGAAUCAACUACAAUAGAAACAGAUUCGACUACACAAGGGUCACAGACAACUGAUAGUUCAUGCUCUGAAGGAUCGAUGAGCUCAAGAGAAUGUACAUCCGAUGGAGAGUUCUUACCUCAUGAAACAGAUUGUCAUAAAUUCAUAACGUGUGUGGAUGAUGGUAAUGGUGGAUUUAAUAAAGUGGUUAGAGAUUGUGGAGCAGGUACUGCUUGGAGUCAAGAUUUACUCACUUGCGAUCAUGAAGCAAAUGUUGACUGUUCACAAAACUCCCAAUGUCCAAAAGAAACUACUGAAGGAAUUCAAACAACAACUGAAAGUUCACAAACUACUACAGAUGGCUCACAAACUACUACUGAAAGUCAGGAAUUAACUACAGAAAGCUCAGAAACCACUAUAGAAAGUUCACAAACUGCCACAGAUAGCUCUCAAACGACUGAUGGCUCUCAAACUACUACAGAAUCAUCAAAAGAAGAACCAACAACAGAAAUUUCACAAACAUCUACUGAGAGUUCGUUAGAAACGACCAAUAGUCCUCAAGAAACCACUGCAAGUUCUCAAGAAACGACAUUAAACCCCCAAGAAACGACAAUAAUCCCACAAGAAACGACAAUAAGCCAACAAGAAACGACUGGAAGUUCACAAGUAACAACAGUAAAUCCCCAAGAGACUACAGACAAUUUACAAUCAACAGAUGCCUAUCAAACAACAGAUAGUUUACAAACAACAACAGAUUCACCUAAAGAAGAAUCAACGACACAAGAAACGGAUUCAACUACACAAGGGUCAAUUGAUACUACUACACAAGGUUCACAGACAACUGACAAUUCAUGCUCAGAAGGAUCAAUGAGUACAAGAGAAUGUACAUCUGAUGGAGAGUUCCUGCCCCAUGAAACAGAUUGUCAUAAAUUCAUAACUUGUACAAGUAAUGGAAAUGGAGGAUUCACCAAAGUUGUUAGAGAUUGUGGAGCAGGAACUGCUUGGAGUCAAGAUUUACUCACUUGCGAUCAUGAGGCAAAUGUCGAUUGUUCACAAAAUUCUCAGUGCUCCAAAACAACAACAGAUGGACCACAAACGACAACCGAAACUUUAGAAACUAGCACAGAAAAUCAGGAAACUUCGACAGAUUCGCUACAAACCACAACUGAUAGUCAGCAAACCACAACUGAGAGUCAGCAAACCACAACUGAAGGAUCAUCUACUGAACAGACUACUGAUUCUCAAACAACAACAGAAUCUCCAAAAGAAGAGACAACUAGUGAGACUGAAAACACGACGACUGAAAGUUCUCAAGUCACAGGAUAUACAGACACAACUCCUAAAGAACCAUGGACACAAGAAACUACGACGCAAGAAAAUCAAGAAACCACAUCUAUGGCGCCAAAUCAAGAGACCACAACGGUUCAAGAAAAUACAACUCAGCCAGAAGAAACAACUGCGGAAAAUCAAUCAGCAACAGAUUCACAAGUCACAACAGAAGCCCAACCAGAUUCACAGACUACUACGGAUUCACAGACGACAGUAGAUUCUCAAACCACAACCGAUUCUCAAACCACAACCGAUUCUCAAACCACAACCGAUUCUCAAACAACUACAUCUUCAAAUUUCGAAUGUUAUGGUCAAGGAUACUUCCCAGAUCCUGACGAUUGUACGAAGUACUACAUUUGUGAAAAUGACGGUAAUGGUGGAUUUAGAAAGCAUGAAUUCAAAUGCGGCCCAGGAAGUGCAUAUGAAGAAAGUACUCAAACAUGCCAUCAUAUGGAUCAAGUUGCAAGAUGCAAUGGUCAAACAACAACUGAGUCUACAGACACAACCACAACAGAUGGUCAAACUGAUCAAACAACAACAAAAGCAGAGACUGACAAUCCACAGACAACACAAGAAUUACCUCAAACCACCAUAGAAUCGGCUAAUAAAGAAACCACUGAACAACCUAAAGAAGAGACAACAGAAGCUUCAAAAGAAGAAUCAACCACAAGUAUUGAAACUGAAACGACAACAAGCCAAGAAACCACAACUCUUAGUCCAGAUUCAACGACCAAAAAACCAUCAAAUGGAAAUAGCUCAUGUCCAGAAGUAGGAGAAGGUCAAGCUCUUUUCGUCUGUCCAACAGGAUUCCGCAGACAUCCACAAGACUGUAAUAUGUUCUACCAAUGUACAGAAAGUCCUGAAACAUCACAUCUUAGCAUAGUCACAUUUAAAUGUCCAAAUGAGACAAUUUAUGAUGAAGAUGCAAUCAUGUGUAGAGAUAGACGACAAGGCGAUGACUGCCAUUCAAAGAUGAAUGACACAUUAAGGGUAUUGUUUGAUCUUGAGAGUAACAAGUCACCAGCGUAUCAAAUUCGAACGAAGCGUUCUCUCUGUAACGAAAAUGGUCAUUUCCCAUUGGAAGAAGAUGACAUAUGUUCCCCAACAUUCCUCAAAUGUGCUGAAGUAGCAGGUAAAAUGGAGGGUCACGUGUAUCGUUGUCCAAAAGGUUACGUAUAUUGGCAAAAGAGUCGCCGUUGUGAACGUUCAGCCAAAAUACCCGAUUGUAUGCAUAAAUAUACGCAACAGAGACUGGGCGUUCCAGUUGAAUGGAGUAAUUUGGGACAAAGAAAAAGCUUACAGCUUUAACAUAGCAUAGUCGAUGUGGAAGUAGUGUGAAUGGAAAUAUGUAAAUGAAUUCGAUAUAAGAAAAUAAUAAGAAGAAGCGACUUCUCUUCAGCGCAAUGGUGCCUAUAAAAUUGAUAAGAAAAUUAGACUAUAAGACUGUAUAAUUUAUUAAAUAGCUUGAAAGAAAAUGGCAAGCGAAAAUUUUCUUCUCGUACUCUAUUUAUUUUCACACGACGUUUGCCAAGAGAAAUCAUAUUCUCAAUUUUUAUUAACUGACUUACUUUCAUAAUCAUAAGACGAGAUGAAAAUUUUCUUCAUCCACUUUUAAGUCACAUACAAUUUAUAAUUUAUUUGAUCGGAAGACAGAAAAUUUAAUCGAGUGAUUAUAAAUUCUAAAUUUAUAUUCAUUCUGGAAGCUCUGUUCUGUCUUCGUGUAUCGAAUAUCAAUUUUAGUUCUAGUUUUAUGUCAAUUUAUUUAUUUUAAAAAUUUAAUUUAUUUUUCUACUUCAUUAAAUUCUAUUGAAAAAUUCAGGUGAAGGAUACUGAAAAAAAAUCAUAUUUAAUAGACGAAAUUUUUGUGUAGAUUUAUUCCGAUAUCCUGAAUGUGUUGGGUUGAAUUGGAUUAAUAAACGUUGUCCUUGAUUGAAUCGUAGUUCAAUUCUUUCAAUUUUCGAUAUCAUAACUAGAUUAGAAUUCGAACUUUUAAAUUUACCAUCCUAUUAUUCUACAGCUGAGCUAUCGAACCAUAGUCUUAAGUAUGACAAAAUGUCUAACAUAAGUCAGGAUAUCGUCGAAUACUUCUUACUUUUUAGCUUUUCACUAAUUUUACAGAAAUUUUCUGGCAGAUUUAAAUUAUGCUCUCAAUAAACUUUAUUUUGCCAAUUUCUGUAAGAUACUCAAUCAAUUUCCUUGAAUCUCUUCCUUUCUUUCAACGUGCAACUCAGAAAAAAACUUUUAAUUAGUAUUGAAAUUAAUACAUUAAACUCCUUAUCGAUGCUUUCUUCCUCAAGCAAGAAAAGCAAAAAUGCCAGAAACGAAGAGAUUUUUUGAAACAUAAUAACGAUGUAAUAAUAAACGCAGCCAUAUUAAUAAGUUUUUAGCUUAUUGUCAGAAAGUUUUGUGUACUUUGUUAUAAUGAGAAAUUCUACUCAAUUGCAGGCUUUUCAUUUUUUUUUUGUUGAUAGUUUGACGAAUAAGUAAUUUUCAUCCUUGUUUGAUUAAUUUUUGUUCUUUAAUUGAAAAAGUUUUAUUAGAACCUGUUAAAUGUAAAGGAUUUAACUUUGUUGAAUGCAAGGAUUAAUUUUAAAAGAAUUCCUUUUUGUGAUGAAAUUUUUCAUUGUUCAAAGGAAAACUUUUUUGAUGAACUAAAAUUGGUGAACAGUUUUACUAGAUUGAAUUUUAACAUUUUUUGAGGAAAUGUCAAAUUUAUCCAGUGUAAAAACCUUUCUAUAGAAAUCAAACCUAAUUCGUUAAGAGUUUGAAAUUGAUAGGACUGAUUGAUGAAACAUUUCUGUCGCUAGAAAUGCUUCCUUUACUUUGGCUAUCGUUUAAAUACAUACAUUUGGUCUGGUUCUAUACCAAAAGUUAUAAAUGACAUAAAAUAAUAUAUUUGAAAAUAAUUCGCUGUUAAAAAAAUUUAAAAUUCUUAAUAGCCCUCAAAAACUACGAAAAAGUAUGACAACGGUAACGAGGAAAUUUUUUUUAAAGCCUACCGAAAAAUCAAACCACAACGACGACUAAAAUAUUAAAUUCAUCUCAUUAGAAUUUUUUAAAUUGCCUUGAAGUUAAAUAAAUUUUCUGACAAUUUAUCUAAAAACUUGAAUUUAGACGAAAAUAUUUGUAGAUAAAUAUGAAAAUAUAAUUAAAUAAAGAAAAUAUCCGAA